UGGGCGGAAACCCUUCUAUUCUUGCGGACUUCAACUUGGUUGUAUUGGGAGCUGCUGCUAGCAUCCCUUCAGGACUUCCAGUUAUGUGUUCUUCAACAGAAAAUGGGUGAUCAAGAAAGUGGAGUUGAAGACCUGGAGCGCAUACUUAGCGAUGUGAAUGCAGAACCCAUCAAGAUACCAUAUGCGGUGAUAAAAUCAGUUACAAAAAACUUUGCUCAGGUUAUCGGUGAUGGUGGGUUUGGAGUGGUUUACCUGGGAGAUCUUGGAAGAGGGAUGGUUGCUGUGAAGAAGCUUUCCAUAUCAGAGAGUUUUACUGAUAAGCAAUUUUUGGAUGAAGUUGCUUGUUUAAAGAGGGUAAAGCACAAAAAUAUUGUAAAAUAUAUAGGCUAUUGUGCAGAUACACAAGGAUAUCUGAUGGAAGUAGAUGGUGAAGAGAGGAUCGUUGAGGUGCCGCAAAGAUUACUCUGCUUUGAGUAUGUACCAAAUGGAAGUCUUCACCAUUAUCUUCAAGAAAACAUUGAUGGAUAUGAAUGGAGUAUUCGUUAUAAAAUAAUUAAGGGAAUUUGUCAGGGUUUGCAUUAUCUUCACCAAAGUCGCAUUAAUCAUUUGGAUCUCAAACCUGCAAAUGUGCUGCUGGGUGCUCACAUGGAGCCAAAAAUUACAGAUUUUGGUCUGUCAAGGUGCAUUGAUGAAAACCAGUCCACAAUAUUCACUACCAACUUGUGUGGAACACCGGGAUAUAUCGCACCAGAAUUCAUAGAUAAACAAAAAAUAUCUUUCAAGUCAGAUAUAUUCAGUUUGGGCAUUAUCAUGACAAGGCUGUUGAUAGGGAGUAACGAGAGUAUUGCUGAAAAUUGGCAUGAAUCAUUACAUGUAGAGUGCCAACAAAUGAAGAUAUGUAUUGAAAUAGCACAAAUUUGUGCAGAAUAUGAUCCAGCUAAGAGACCUACUAUCGCUGACAUAAUUCUUAAGCUGAAUAAAACAGAAACCAUGGUUCAAAAGGUUCCUCCAGAUGUUAAUGAGCCCAGAAAUGAUCCAAAGUCUUCAUUACACCAGGUUGUGAAAAGAUUCCGGGCACUGCCCACACAAACUCUUCACGAAUAUUCUAGAUUUACCAAGAUGUAUGAGGAUCUUAAUGUCCUGGAGCGUAUACUUGAGGGAAGCGAGAAGCCAAGUAUUUUGUCAUAUCCACUUUUACGGUCAAUCACUGAAAACUUCUCUACUGAGCGAAGGAUUGGUCGUAAUGAACUCGGAGAACAUUUCAAGGGCAUCUUCCGUAUCGUUGUUGUAACCAGGCUUCCCCAGAGCGUCAGUAUUAAUGAUGGGAUGUUUCAUCGGCAGAUUGGAAAAAUGAUGAUGGCUCAACAUCAAAAUAUAAUACGGUUUCUAGGCUACUGUUCUUAUGCAACAGAAGAAAAAAAUGUAGUAAUAGAUGGGAAAGUUAUCACUGCUGAGAAACGGGAAAGAUUGCUCUGUUUUGAGCAUUUAAGCAAAGGAAACCUUAGCAAACAUCUUUCUGAUGAAUUCAGCGGACUUGAAUGGCAUACGCGAUAUCAAAUAAUUAAGGGAAUCUGUGAGGGUUUGUGCUACCUUCACAAGGAAAAGGAUAUUAUUCACAUGGAUCUCAAACCUGCAAGUAUCCUACUGGAUGUUCAUAUGGUUCCAAAGAUUACAGGUUUUGGUAUUCCAGAACUCAUAAUUAUGAGUAAUCAACGUCUACCGCGGCUAGGAUAUUCCGCUCCAGAGAGCAUGUUUGAAGGCGUAGCGUCACGUAAGGCAGACAUUUAUAGUGUGGGUGUCAUAAUCAUAGAGUUGGUGACUGGAAGUAAGAAGAAACCUAGUAUUACAAAUGUACUUCAACGAUGGGAACAAAGGUGGAAAGGAUCAGCAAAAUGUACGCCAUGGGGACACCAAGUGGCUAAAUGCCUCGAAUUGGCGCAAAGCUGUUUGCACAAAGACCCAGACAGAAGACCCUUUGCGUGGGAUAUAGUCACUGAGCUCCAUCUGUCCCCUCUCUGUCUCAAAUAAGGGGACUGCACGCUCAAUUGAGCAGAACAGUGAUACAGAAGAUUACUUUUUCUUCACAAUCACGACCUCGAGCUCACUCCGUAGCGCAUACAGCCACAAAAUGAUGUUCCCUGACGAUGCAAAUUUAGUGUCAACAUGACAUUUCAACCAAUCGAGGUGGCACCAACGCAUCUUACUAUUAA